AUGGCUGAAGAACGGGCCCACAUCAGUCAAGGUGAAAUUAUUAUUUGGAUUGAUUUUUACAAUACCCGUUCGAGAAUUAUUUGAAGUAUAACAUAACGUUUAAUUGUAUUUUUGAUGAUAGAUGCCGUACUAUGAUUAAAUAAUAAUAUACACUUUACUGUACUUUGUUAAUGUAGCAGUAGAACCACAAACGUCUACACCAUGUAAACAAUCAGAUGACACGACACUUAUACUCAAUGAGUCUCCCAUCCUUGGCAGUAAGGAACAAACAAACCAUAAUGAAAGAGCAGAAAUGGAAAUAGAUGAGACCAUUUCCAGUCCCUCAUUUUAUGAGAGGUGAGUUCAAAUAGUUUACAUGCUCCUGCUUUGUUUUAUUGACUUAUCUUUGACUUUGUUGUCAAAUUCACGUUUCAAGUAAUAAAAUAUCUUGCAGUAGCAAAUGAACUGGAAACCAAAUUAUUAUAAUUGUGGUUUUAAAUGCCAAGAUAAUUGACAAUUGGUCAACCAGGCUACAAUGAAUGCAUUCAUGUAUCUAAUCUGACUAAGCCAUUUAUCCUGACUACCUCAUUCUUCAAAAAAAAGAAGUGUACUGCACAUAAAGACACAGAAUAGAUAUAUUUUACAUGCUAGAGUGCACACAGCACUUUGUACCUAUGUUUGGCCUAUGAAAAACUUCUGUGUGCACUCUAAGUGGCGUCAUAUGAUGGUGUAUUUUCACGUCGGCAAUUGUAAAAUUUAGUAUUCAGUAUCCUGUGAUAAAGAGUUCAGAAAUCUGUUUUUAUACUAUUUGAGAUGGAAGCAAAUACAUCAAUAUUUUCGGAUGAUGAAGAGGACUUUUUGGAAGACACAAGUUCUGACGAAAGUCUCAGGUAUGUACAAUUCAAAAACCUGUCAGGUCUAUGUAGUAAUAGUAUGUUCAAUAACUGGAAUGACAGUACGUUUUUUGAUUCACAAGAUAUACCGUAUAUUUUACCAGAUAUUUUUAUAAUAAUACUGUUUAAAAACAGUUAUUUGAUGAGGUUUUUGUGAUAUCUAGAUCGAGUUAUCAAGGUUGAGGUAAGUGUUAUCAGUUGAGCCAAAGGCGAUCACUGAUAACACUUAUUAGGCAUGAAUAUAAAGUCAUACACAAUUUCAAACUAGACUAGAAAAUACAUGCAUGCAGAAACCCUCGCCUUGCUGACAAACAGACAAAACCAUUGUAUUUUCCGAACAUGAAGUAUCUGAAGUAGUUGUCAUGGUAACACGAUAAUUUUUUAAGAAUAUUCUUACAAAUGAAAAAUCGCCUAAAAAAUAUCACUUUUAAUUACAAAAUUAUUAAUUUGCCAACAUAUAUAUGUUAGGUAUGUUAUUAUACGUAAUAUAAGCCUCAAUUUAAGGUAAAAUUCAACCAUAAACGCUUCGCAAAACGUUUUAAAGUCACUAGUGUUCUUUAUAAAACUAAACUGACUUUUAAAAUGGCUUUAUCGAUAAACUUUGAGUUUGCAAUAAAAUGACUUCGAAUUCUCGCUUGCAAAUAACUCUGCUUUCUUUUUUAUUUAAAAAAUUCAAUAUCAUAAAAGAGGGAAUCAAUAUUACUAAAGAUACACUGAAAUAAUAUGCUGUCUUGUUUAGUUGUUUCAUAUAUGCAAAGGCCGUCGGGUUUUAAAUUAAAUCCAUUAUAAAAUCAAUAUUUAAAACAAAGUUACCUUCGUUAACGUUGGCUCACUUCUUUUAGCCGAUUCUUUCGCUGUUUCUUUCUUGAAAUUUACAAAAUCUUGCGAAAAUGCGAGCGAAAAUGAAAUAUAUUUGUGAUAUUUGCAAGAAAUUUAUCAAUCAUCAAAUCAAGAAAUGUUUGCUAUUUAGCUGUCGUCAUGCAGUCGUUAAUCGUUAUAAUGCAAACUUUAAAUUGGACCAAUCAGUUUUCGCUAUUCAUGACAGUCCGCCACAUAUUUUGAAAUCAGUGAGGAUGACCACCCACCGAAACUUCGUUGGUGAGCCACGCCCGCGAUAUUUGAUGAACUUUAGACUUCGCUAAUGCUUUCGUUUCCCCGGAUGUAAAUAGCCGGGGGGAAUUAGUACCCUCGCACGGCGCUUCGCGCCGUCGGCUCGGGGAUAAUCAAAAUUUAUUUUCGGAUUUCGUACACCCUUAUGAGAGCAUUGUCAUUUUUCGAUAAUAUGGAUUGUGAUUUGUGAAGUGGUUGAUUCAAGUUAUUAAACACAAUCUAAAAAGAGAUCAUGGGGUCUACCUUCCAACCCCCCAUUGUAUAUGUAGGUCUUCUAUUGCUGGUUGUAAUUUCUUGUUGUUGACAGGCAUGAUGAACUCACCCAUUCAGCAAUUGAAGCUUUAAAUGCUGAAGAAAAGCAUGAGGAAUAUGAGUAAGAAUUUUUUUUGUGUUUAAAAUACCAUUCAACAGUUUAACUCAUUGGUGCACAGUACUCUUUCCUUGAUGACUUAAAUCAUAUGCCAUUAGACAGAGUAAAAUAAUAAAACUGGAUUUUCCAUUCUGUAAUACUGAUAUUACCCUGAGCCAAAAUUGCGUUUAAAUUACAAUAUUGUUUCAAACUUCCUGGAUUCAUUUCCCAUUUUAUUUUUAAGAACAAUUAUUUAUUGUAACUUAUUUUACAGAGAUGAACACUUCUGUUCAACAGAAGAGAUAGGUGAUGAAGAAAUUAUGCAAGACCUGGAAUGUUAUUAUGAUAAUCAACAUGACAGUUAUGACAAUGAUGAUGAUUGCACACCUGAAUCAGUUGCCAAAGAUAUUUCCCACAACCUCAAUGGAAAUAUUAGUCUAGGGUAUGGACCGCACCCCAAAUUUAGUAGGGGAGAUGAAGUGUAUGCCCUUGAAAGGGAGUUCAAGAUGGUAACUGAAAAAAAAAUUAUUUGUUCACUGGAUUUGAUGUUGGAGGUAUUUGCCAGAUGUUGCCAGACACCUGGUUGUGCUGAUGUUCCGCAUAUAACAUAUCAUUUUGUGGGGACAACUCUGAUUGUUAACUGUUCCUGUCAAGCUGGACGCACGUUUAGAUUCUGUUCUUCGCGCGAGGUGAAUCUCAUGUAUGUUAACAACAUUCAAAUCUCUGCAGCAGUGCUACUUUCAGGCAGUAAUUAUGGCAAGAUCAAUCGUUUAGCCCAGGUUUUGAAUUUAGCAUUUCCAUCCAAAUCAACAUAUUUCCGAAUACAGCGACUGUAUUUACUUCCAGCUGUCGAUGAGUGGUGGGGUUGGAUGAGGGGCCAGCUUGUGGAUGAGUUUUUGGGCCAAGAUAUAGUCAUUGGUGGAGAUGGUCAAUGCGAUUCUCCUGGAUUUAACGCCAAGAAUUUGUGCUACUUUUUAGUGGAAGUAAAUUCUAAUUACAUAUUGCAUGUUGAAGUGGUUGAUAAAAGACAUGUUGGCUUGGUUUCCACCAAUAUGGAACGGGAAGGAGUUAAGAAAUCCUUACAAAAAUUGCAAGAAGAUUUACAUAUUGUUGAGUUGGUGACAGAUGCAUCAUCUUCCAUCAAGAAAUUACUAGGUAUCAAGAAAUUGCUUUUUAUUUUUUGUCUUUGGGCUUGCAUAUCUCAUUAUUCUGCAUUUUGCCCAAAUGCACCUGACUCUGUUGUAUUACUACUACUACCUGUCUAAUGUCCAGUUGCAAGUAUUAACCAUAAAUUCACGAUUGAUUAGUUACUAUCCAAUGAGAUGCUUAUUAACUGGAUUAUUAGUAUUACUGACUGUAUAUUUUUUAUUUCAGAAACUGAAUUUAAGGACAUUAUACACAGUCUAGAUGUUUGGCACAAGUCAAAAUCUAUUAAGAAGUGUCUUGCAAAGGUUAGUCAAUGUCCAAACAGUUGUGUGAAUGAUUGUAAAUUCCAAAAUUCUAAGCAUCAAGAAUUGAAUGCACGUGGGAUGAAGCCAUUGUCACUUGAAUGUGAUCACAUGUCAUUUAUACUGUAGUGAAAUUAAUUUUUCCUCACCCAUAUUAUUUUUCUUAAUUUUGUUAGCUUAGUAAACCAAAGGCCAUGAGCAAAGUCAAAGACUGGUCAAACCACAUUGUUCGACACUUCUGGCAUUGUGCCAGUGAAUGUCGGAAGGAUGAUUCUACAUCUGAUGCUGAGGCAUUAAGAAUAAUGAAGGUAUAGUAGCUCUUUUAUUGUCCAACAUAUACUGUACACAAAAUGAAAUCUGGGCACAUAUUCACACAGGCCUUGUACAAUUACCCAUGCACUUCACUUCAGUGUUCAUAUGCAGAUCAGUGGCUAAUGAGCAGGGGUGCUUGUUUCACAUUUUUUUAUUUGUUUCACAUGCACAGGACAAGUGGAUUGGGCUUCUUCAUCAUAUAUGUAAUUCGCAUGAAUGGUUGGGUGGUAAAUGUGAGCAUGCAGAAGGAGAACAUGAUAGACUAUGCCUUGGUUUGAUAGACGGGACAAAGACUUUGUCGAAUUACAAACGAUCAUCCUCAAUCCAGAACUUCUAGACAGUUUCAAGUACUAUACACGCUUUAGGUAAAUAUUCUUUAUGGUAGCAUUUACAAAAAAAUCAACAUUGGUCCAAACAUUAUUCUAUUGUCUCAUAGACACACAGGUGGAAUUGAGUGUGCCAACAGCCUCAGUCUGGUGUAUACACCCAAGAGAGUGCCAUUAAGGUUAGUAAUGGCCUUAUAACAUUGUGCUGUACCAAGAGUCUGGUACAAAUAUAACAGUUAUAAUGGAUCAUUGCAGAUGAUCCACCCCUCCCCAAGUGAUGAAGCCAGCCUGACAGUUUGGUUAUGCUAUGCAAAUAUUUCUGUGUUCAUUGACUGUGAAAACAAUCAAUUUCUGAAGAAAUUUCUGGACAAUCAAAUUCUGAAGAAUAAUAAUAAUUGGAAAAUUUGCAUAACAUGACCAAAUUGUUGGGCUGGCUUCACCACUACCCACCCCACCCCCACCAUGUUUCUGAUGUCUAUAGGAGGAAUAGCAGAGAUAAACUUCCAAAAUAGCAAAAGUAAUAAGAUGUCCAAGGAUAUCCAAUUUACUUAAUGGGGAGGUGUGGAUGUUUUCUGGAAUGAUAAUCUCGUAUAAUUGUUUUAGUUACAGGGUGUAUAAAGCUAGAAAACAACUUACUGCGAUUGACUGGAAUUUUCAUGCUAACCUUCCCACAGCCAAAAGUGAUUCAGGCGAUGAAAUUGUAACUAGACAAUACAACCCCAGGACAAGACAAUGGGAUAUUAAAAGUGUUAAGAUUGAGAAAGGAUAUCAAUAUAUUCCACUGCUCUUGUCCAAGAUUAUCAGCAGAAGAAUACAUGAUAUGGAUUUUGUAACACGCAAUGUAUCACUAAAUGCAAGUGAUCCAGGCAAUAUUGCUCCUAAUAUUGCUCAUACACCUGCACCUUCAACGAAAGACCUGCGGCAAAGAAGAAGCAGAUUUGUAAAAUAAGAUAAACAAUACUGAUAAUAAAGUAAUGAAGAGUUCCAUAUAUUGUUGUUUCUUAUAAAUAACUAAAUAAUAAUAAUAACUAAUAACUUCUAUAAUAACUUCUCCAUGUAUCAUCUGUACAGGCAAGCCUGCAUGUGCUGUCAUGCUAAUGUUCUCUGUACCCCAUGUACACACCUGUCACAGAUGGAUAUCUCUGUCUUAUUCUAAUUACAACACAUGAGGGGCAAACACGACGAUUUCCUUUUCCUAAAAACCCAUGUCGGGCCAAUAUAAACUGCCUAUAUGCUGCUUUACGAAAGGCUCUGGUGCUGUUGUCCUCACGGUCAUUUCUUAUGUCACUGGUAUUUCUGAUACAGAGCUCAAGGACAUCUGGGUCUAAGCAUACUUUUGCAAAACGUGCAGAUAAUGUUAUACACUUUUUCAAUUUGCAACAUUUGUUCUCUAUUUCUUGAGGCAUUGGGCUACAAUUUGAGCAGACACACCAUGAAGGGGCAGCUUCAAGAUUUCCUGUUGAGUUUUGAUGACUUGUUCCACUUGUACCCUCUGUCUCAUCACUAAAAUCAUCCAAAACCUCUUCUGUGUUAUCAUUUGUAUCCAGAUCGUCCUCUGCAAUCAGUAAAGUGUCUAUGUAAUCCAUACUUCCUAUUCCUCUCCUCAAACUCCUUAUUGCCAACUUUCGUACU